UUUACUAAUUUAAUGAAUUUAUUAAUUUAAUGAAUUUAUUAAUUUAAUGAAUUUAUUGAAUAAUAGUGAUAAUGACAGUUUAAAUGAAUAAUGUCAUCGAUUGCGAGGAAGAGACUGGCUCAGGAGCGGGCUGAUUGGAGGAGGGAUCACCCGGUUGGAUUUUCAGCCAAGUACGCGCCCCUUCCCGACGGAAGAGGAUUCGACAUGAUGAAAUGGAUCUGUAAAAUACCCGGAAAAAAAGGUACGAUAUGGGAGGAUGGUGAGUAUCAGUUGAUAAUGGAGUUUAGUGACGAUUACCCUAGUAAGCCGCCUAAAUGCAGAUUUACGAAAGUUUUGUUUCAUCCGAAUGUGUAUCCUUCUGGGACAGUGUGUCUCUCCAUCCUGAACGAGGACGAGGAGUGGAAGCCGUCAAUCACCAUAAAGCAGAUUUUACUCGGGAUCCAGGAUCUUUUGGAUAACCCAAACCCACUAUCACCGGCGCAGUCGGAUCCGUACCUUCUAUUCCUCAAUAACAGAAAUGAGUAUAUCAACAGAGUUCGAAAACAAGCAGCAGAACAUAGACCUCUAGACUAACACCAUAAUAUACUCUUAU